AUGAAAGCCCCUGAAAAUUGUUCAGCCGAUUGUCGUACUGUUAUUGCUCCUGCAAAUGUUCUUCUUGUUAAAAGCAUUUGUACCAUUCUUGGAGGCAUUGUUCUUGUCACGUUAGGCAUUUGCUUCGGACUGACCAAUGGUGGUCAUAGUUCCCAUUUAUCUAUAUCGUAUGUUGGCAUUCCUAUUAUUCUCUCUGGUUGUGUCACCUUAGCAGUAGCUACUGUCAGAAUUAUCCAUACAAAUAAGGGACUCAACAGUAUGAAUCUGACAUUAUACGAAUUUAAAAAACAGUGGAAUCAAGAGGAUUCCAGUUUUGAGUCUACAUCCUUCAACGUUCAAGAAGAUGCUUACAAUUCAUUCUCUUCAUCGGUGUGUACACCUGCGAAUAAAUUCGAUUCUGCUUCAUUGAAUGAUGGUGAUGAAGUAGAAUUUCCGGAGCAGUUGACAAAUCAUCAUCAAAAUCAUCAGAGAUUGCCAAUGCCGCCAAGACGAGCUGUAUUGAAUUAA